CGAUCAUUAAUAGACCACAAACCGACACCUACCGAAGCUCUCCAGAUAAUCCCGAUUCGUAACACCAUUGAAGUCCCUUUAUUUGACGGGUUGGGGGUGAGGGAGAGGGCGACGGUAUUAAGAAGAAAAAAAACGAAUUUAGCAGAAAACCCUACUUCUUAUACCCCGCCCGUUCCAUCUGCUGCUUCCGGAUCCAAGCCUGUCUGAAAGAGAUUCAAUCAAGAUGAAAAUAAUUGGUGUUGCRGUGUUUGGAGCCGUGUUCUGCACUGUUCUGACUGCAUCCCUGAAAGUCAAAGAAGAACACAAGAUWGCUUUUUUCGGCGAGGAUGUGCACAUCCCACUCCCAUCCCUAGACAGCACUGAGGUUCUCUUCAAGCCCGCCUCCAAUCCAACCGCCGAGGUGGCCCUGAUGAGGGACGGGCGGGUGGUGGGCCACCGGGCCCAGCUUAACUCCCUCAAGCACCUCAUCCUGGAGGAUGUGGGGGAGGAGGACGAGGGCAUGUACAUGAUCAAGAACACCGGGGCGCCUGCCGAUGUCAAACACAUCCUCCUCCUUGUCAGGGAUUGCGCGCUGGAGCAGGUGGUCAAGUACGGUGAGACAUACCACAUCCCACUCAGCGACAUCUSGGGCCCUAUCACCCUGGAGUUCAGGCCCAGUCAAGCCCAGGCCAAUCAGACCACGGAGCCACCGGCGGUGGUGCUUCUCAACCAGACUUCCAUCCCCGCGGAAGAGUACAAGGGCCGUCUGAGUGUGUCAGAGAAAAGGGUGACUCUAAGCAUGGUGCAGGGGACAGACGAAGGUAGCUUCACCGUACUGGACCGCGACGGGAAAGUCAGGAGGAGGUCAUGCCUUAACGUUAAAGAGCACCAGAACUUCGUCCACCUAUCAUAUGGCAGUACUUUGAAGAUCAACCUGUUUGUGGACCACACCAAAGUCAACCUCCUGUACACUCCAGACUGGGACCGGAAGGACCGGGUCAUACUGGAGCAAGGAGAGCUAGUGGUGCCGGUGGACCCAUCACUGGACGGCAGGCUGACUGUAGAAGGCUCCAUGUGCAUUCUGGAGAGGGUCCGGUUCAGUGACAUGGGGCUCUUCAGAGUGACAGACCUGUUGGGGUUUCCUGUGACCAACAUCUACCUGGAGGUAGAAGCUUAUAAGUUACCCACGCUGUAUGUUGCAAUCCUCUCCUUACUGGGCUUCCUGGUCCUCCUCUUGCUGGUGUGCCUGUUCUCCUGCCUGACCAAUGUGCGCCGUCGGGCAGAGAAGGCGAGGCAAAUUGCCCUCAUCGCCCAGCAGGCGGACAAGGGGGAUGGAGACGCAUUCGUCAAGGUUGUUCAAGAGGCCUAUACGCGGUUCGCUGAGGAGUCCACUUUGACGUCUACGUGGGACAACAGCAAUGCUACAGAAAGCACUGAGGUCACUAUUAAGGGUCUGGAGGUAUCCAAAGCAGGCCGCUACCACACUCUCUCCUCGGACAAGAACUURCUGGAGAUGAGCGACUCGGGGGUAGAGUUCAACUCCUCCGGCCUCCCGUUAGACAGCGAAUACGAGACGGACAUGCCCCAGACCUUUACCUCCCACAAGUUGGUCCUCAACAACUCUGACAGCGUGGCAGCCACUGUCAUCCCAGAGGGAGAUCAAAGCGCCAACCGGAACCCCGACUUGGCCAUGAGCCCCAGCCCCGUGACCCAGGCCCGCUCUGAGGCCUACGCCCCUGAAGAAGACCUGAUGGGUAACAGCACGCCAGAAAUGACAUCCAGGGGCGCCGAGCUGGAGGACUUAAGGCAGCCGACAGUGUUGCUGAGCCUGCCGAUAAAGCAAGAAGCCCAUUGAUUCCCAGUGCCACCGCAGAGAGCACCAUCCCCUGAGAGCUCCUGCAUUGUAUUCCUAAAAGUCAGACACAAACCACCGGACACCCUAACAACCUUUACUCUUCAGCCUCAAUUACUCCCCCACUCACACAGACACUACCCAAAUCCUGAUCACUGCUUUUUUAACCUAAAGCUACAAAAAAAUACAUGGUGUAAAAAUUGCCACUCUAAAUGCACUAGACUUUCUAAAGAAAAAAAUACAAGAACUUAGCUCAUUAGAACACAUGAAUUCUGUGCAUACGGGAAAUGCAUGUGUAACAGAGUUAAGAACAUACCGUAAACUCACUCGACAUCUAGGUUGAAAUGUCGCGGAUGGAGCCAUCCAAUUGGUACCUUUUGGGUGGCUCAACCCGUUGGAAUGUUGUCACGCAGYGCGGUCACGUGUGUUGUGAAGCAGAGGAUCACUGGGUCGAGCCCAGUAUGUGGCAGUUGGACUGUGGAGGAAGCUAAGCUGUUAACAGCACACUGACCCCCGUUACACAUGUUUUUAAAUUAGACUUAAAGCCAGAAUGUAUCCUUAGCUGGCCCAAGAGGGAAUUGACAGUAUUAAUUACUGCGUACUGCAUGCAUUCCUAAGAACCACAGACUCAGAGAUAAUAUCUAAGAUAAUGCCAGAUUAAAAUGUCCAAAAGGAAUGAGUGCACAUUGAUAUCAAAGCAUUUUUUUUUUUUUUUAAUAAUCCUGUAAAAAUGUAUCCCAGAUUUCCUAUAAUGACAAAAAUGAUAACAUUUCUGACAGAGCUACAAUAUAUUUAAUCCAUCUUUCUUAUUAGCAUUGAAUGUUCCUACCACUGAUACUGUAUGUGGGGACAUAGACAUAGCAGCAAAAUGUAUGACAUAGGCCCAGGGUAAUAGACCAACUUAAUUUUACAAAUAAAAUUGUAAUACUAGACUAACAAAAUCAAUAAAUACAACUUUAUUUUCUAAAGAAAUCUUGGUAAAUAACGCUUCUGACAACCAUAAGCCCAUCGUUUCUGACAUAGGCCUAUACCUCUACAAUUUCAUUACAUAACAGAAAUUACAGGCAAGGCUUUGGCACCAACUCAUAGAAAGCGCUUGUCUCAGCAUAUAGCCUCUAUAGAAUACCAGAGUUGGAGAGCUAAUUCUUGAUAACUGAUACAAGCCUCGUAGAUUGAAUAACACCAUGCUAUGCAAGAAAGCUUGUUGUGUCCCUGGGCAUGUAACAAGGUGUCCAAUCUCUGCCACUUUUGAUGACAUCAUCCAGUAAAACACACGUUUACUACAUCCCUUAUCUUGCAACACAAAUGACCCGGAACUAAUACAACGGCAACUUCACAUCACGCCAUUUUGAACCCAUCUCCAUAAGAGCAUGUUUCUCAUUACAACCCCAGCCACUGCAGAAAAAGCCUUGGAAUAGGGACUUCUGGUUGGAAGGGACCUGAACAUUUGGAUCGUUGCCCUUUAAUAAAGACAGACUCAGGAGUGAUUGUGGAGGAAUAAGAUGACAUUCAGACCUAUGACAUCCAAUGCUAAUGCAUGAUGUCACCCUUCCUUU